GUGGAUAGAGGAGCGAGGAUGUACGAUAGAACCAUGGGCCGCUCACUAACAAUACAUGGUCUGGUGUUUAUUUUCUGCUGCCUGCUGAAGAUACCAAAGCUCUGUGAUGCCGACUCUUCAUCCGCCGUUCCAUGGGAUGAUGCUGCUACUAGGAUUUCUCUACCAGAUGUAGUUACAUUAGAAAAAGGAAGCUCCAAAAACAUAAGUAUAAAUGCAAAUGUUCCCGUGAAUGAAACUAUUGUGUUUGCUCUUAACAUUACCUAUUCCUCGAUGAACGUCACCAUUGUACAUUUUCCGGACCAAAUUGUUCUUUCAGCAAAAUCAGACCAUUCCUUCUUUACGGUGGAGGCUGUUGAAGUGGGACAAGUUACUUCUUACUUACUCAGCAAUAAUUCACAUAAAACUUGGCAACGUGUCCGUUUCCUGGUGAUUCACAGCUUCACUGUGGAGGUCUUGGAGCAGAUCAUAGGCUGGAUCUAUUUCUUAGCCUGGUCGGUGUCCUUUUAUCCACAAGUGUUUGAGAACUGGCGAAGGAAAAGGUACCAACUAGUUACAUAA